AUGCCUGCGCUACCGACGUCCCCUGCUCCCUGUCUGGCCCACUCACUCCAAAACGAGGACUGGCCCAUCGAAGCACAAAAGGUCAAUGAUGAACAGGUCCAAGCCUUCUGUCGUGAAUAUGCCAAGACGGCCCCCGAGAAAGGAAGCCCCAUCAAGCCUGACGAUCACAUUCGGAGAGUCAAGACGGCCCUUGCUGAAUACACGACUCGAGGACUACUUGGAGGGAAGCCUCUACCAGAAGAGUUUUUGCGCCAAGGCUCUGAACAUAUCCUGUCUCCUUCACCCGAGGAGCUCAUGGAGUUAUAUGCCACCCUGCUCCGUGACAACCUAGAUUUGAAUCCUAAAAUGAGAGAGGUUCUUACGGAUCAGACCUUUGCAACAGCAACCAUGACCUUGCAUGGAGACCAGAUCGAACAGCACUUUCGCCAACACCAUCAAAACGCGCCCCCACAACAGCGGGCACCCUGUGGGUGUGGUGUCGAUCACGGCGACGAAGAUGCGCUUGAUUUCCCAGAGGACAGCUACGAGGAUGAGCCGGACGAGGAGGAAGAUGAAGACGACGAAGAUGACGACGAACGAGACGAGGAUGAUGACGAGGAAGAAGAUAGCAUGGAUGACGACGAGUACGAAGAAGACGAUGAGCAGGAUGUUAUCGACGGCUAUUCUCACCACUAUGACGAUGUCAACCUCAAACGGAUGGCCUACGAGGAAGAAAAGCUAAAGCUCGAGACCGUUCGUCGCGUACGUGAGGAAGAAAGGCGUCUCAAGGAGGAGUUUCGCAAGAAGAAACUUUCUGAACGGCACAAGCAAAAGCAGGAAAAGGAUCGUAUCGAGUUACUGCAACGAUUGCGCCGCGAGGACGAGGAGCGUCGGAAGCGCGAGGCUCUGGAAAAGCAAAGGCGAGAGAAACUUGAACUGGAGAUGCGUCGGAAGCGAGAGGCUGCCGAAGCUGAUCAAACGGCGCGAUCCUUUCUGUUCCAAUGCACCAUGCUUUCGCAGAUCGAGACAGUGAAGCAGAUGAUUGGCGCUACUCCAGACGAUUCAUGUUCAUUGACGGGAUUGCCAAGGUUUUCUACAACCGCUGCGACGCGACUCUUUGGAUGGGAGUAUAUGACGAUGGUCGAAGGCGUUGGCGAGGUCAGUGAGGAGAGAGGCGUACAGGAGACUUUACUGCACGUUGCUGUCCGUGUUGGAUGUGCAGAUCUGGCGACUUUCUUUAUCGACAAAGGCGCGCCACUGGAUGCCCUUGAUGCUGAGGGGUUGACGCCGCUUCAUACUGCAGCAAAACAUACUUCGUCCUUUGAGGUGUGCAAGCUACUGGUGGAGAAGACCGCCCACCACAUCGACAGGACCUGUAUUGUUUCCGGAAAGUCGGCACUCCACUAUGCGGCUCAGAACGGCAACGCGGAAUUGGUCGCGCUUUUGUUGCAGCAUCACGCGAGGAUCAACCCUGUAGAUCUCAAAGGAAACACGCCCGAAUUGCUAGCCAAGGCAGGAUUAGAGAGUGCAUUGUCUGAAAAACCGUCCAAGGCAAACACCAAACAGGCCAACACCGCCAAGGCACAAAAGUAUCGGAGCACGAUGCAGCAUCUUCAGAAGGCGAUUGCGGCUGUCAAGGAGGCGCAGAGUCGGAAGGACGCCCAGUUGGAGGAACAACGCCGAAAGGAAGAAGCCCUUGCUCGCGAGGAGGCUGAGAAGGACAACGCUGCUCGAAAGAAACAGGAAGAGAAACUGGAAGCGGACCUGAGGAGACGACUUGAGGAAGAGAAGGAGCUGGAGCGUCUCAAGGCGAUGGCGUCCGACCCCAAUGGUAACAGCAACAACAGCAACAAGAAGAAGAAGAAAAAGAAGGGCAAGGGCGGUAAUGACAACACUCCGACAUUCAAGGAGACCCCUCACUCUGCAAUUUCGGCUUCGAAAGUGGAACACUCUUCGGAAUCAGCUGCUUCGUCCCCUGCUUUGCCAUCGGUUAACGUCAAGACAAUACAGGAUUCAGUAUCAAGCCAGUCCCCCAAGACAGCUACACGUACUACAGCGACUACAGUAUCACCGGAGGCGACAACCAAAGGACAAGUGCCGGCAGCACCAACAGCACCGGCCAAAUCUCCUGCGCUUGCAGUGGCAGCACGGAUUCCAAAACCAAAAACGAGUUACCGCCCUUCCCAGCUAGUGGUGACACGGAUGACGGACAUGGGAUUCCCAUUGCGCGAGUCUCGCAAGGCAUUGGUCCAGACAGAAGGGCGUGUGGAAGAUGCCAUUGAUUUGUUGACGAGCGGUGCCCAGUUGGCGGAUGAUUCGGAAGAUGAGGCAGAAUUAGCAGCGGAGAAGGCCAGGGCAAAGCAGACUCUAAAUGCAGCGAAUGCACUAAAGGCAGUAGCUCAGGUCAGACCACAGGACACCUUUGUGAAUGGACAUCAUCCUGCGGUGAGGCCUGUGCAACAACAACCACCACCACCACAACCACCACAACAACAACAACAACAACAGCUACCACAACAAUCACAGCAACACUCUGGGCAUCCUCCUCAUCAACAACAUCCACAUCCGAACCAGCCCCAUCACCAGCAACCUCAACAACAGCAGCCGAUACACCACUCGCAGGCCCAACCGAUGGCGUAUCAGCGGACACACAAUGGACCUCCCGGGAUGUUCCCAGUCCAGCAACGCCCCGUUAACCACCCUGUUCAGAUUCUUCAGCGGACACAUCAAAUGGCACCCCAAGCCCAACCGCGGUCAGUACCGACGCAAGUUCUCCAGCGCCCACCGCCUCAUGCGCAGAAUGGACAACAGCCAGCCAUCAACGUUCAGAACCAGGCAACAAGGCGAUCUUUCUCAAACCAAGGAGUUUCACCCAUGUCGAGUCCGAUUACACACCCUGCAACAACUCUUGCCAGCUUUAUUGCUCCUCGGACAGGUCAGCCCGCUCCUCCAACACGCGCGCCCUAUUCGUAUGGACCAGCAGCAUCGUCGACUAUGCACACCAAGCCCUUGACAGCGCCUUCGAUCAACACGAGUCAGCUCCACCAAAACUCGGCAUACAAGAUCCCUGGCGCAACAUCGGCAUCUGUACUAGAUCGGAGUACUCCCGGGCGUGGGUCAAUGGGCGACACUGGCUUGGCAAGGAAGUUUGGCAGCAUGGAUAUCUCAGAACACCAGGGGUAUGGCUCUAGCCAAGGAUUCUCCAGUUUCCCUACGGCGAAUUCUACAUGGGACAUGAACCUGAGCAACAAGGGCCCCACACCGACUUCUCUUGAGCUCCCUGCACCGAUCAGCGCAGGAUAUCAACAGUCGUCCAUGGGAGCUCACAAUCUGUGGGCGACCCCUGGGCUGUCAUUACCUGGACCGCCACUCUUGCAGCCUGUAGGCGACAGUAGUUCAAUGUCGCCGUUCGGCUCUCCAUUCCUUACCAGUUUACCUGCCCCACACCAUUCCCAGCACCCACACCAACACUCUCAGCAGCACUCACAUCAUCAGCACCAGCUUGGGCAGCACCAACAACAGCAGCACCUUCCUCGGUCACCCACUGCAGGUUCUACGCUAGGCGGUUUGCAGGGCUAUGGUUUGUCGGAUAUGGAUCUCGGAAACGCUGACGGGGAGAUGAUCAAGGAUGUCUUGGCAAUGACAGGCGCGAUCGAUUCUGAAGAGUUUGCCAAGUUCGAGGCCGAGUACUCACUAUUGGAUUCUGGCUUUUCCACCGGCAGUAACAACAACAUCAGUCCGGCGGCCCCAUCGCGAGCUGUUGGUGGAGGUCGUGGAAGCAACAGCGGAGCCAGUGGUCAAACUACGGGCAGUCUUUGGGGCAACAGUGGCAGUGACUCGAAUCAUCAUGGCCUGCCUUCACCGAUUGGAACAGUCAAUGGACAUGCGCGCCGCGGCUUGGACGGUUUUGACAGUCAUGGAUCCAAUGGCUUGUCAGAUUCCAAGGGAGGAGGCGUGUCAGAGUACAGUCAAUGGAAUUCGGGAUUCGCGCUUGAGCAGACCAUGUACCCAACGACGACUCGGCAACAAGGCGGUGGACCAUCAUCUUCGUUUGUGGACAGCUUCUUUGGUUCACAGGCAAGGUCAGGAAGUUCAUCGUACAACCAGCAUGCGCAGCUUCAACAACAACCCAUGUCGCCAUUUGACUAUUCGCCAUUCGGUGGACUAGGAGGUAGUGGUGGUGGUGUUGCUGCUGGUGUAAACCAUACAUCACCGGCGCUGUCGUCCAGCUCAUUGUCGAACGUGAUUGGGAGCCAUGGCAGUCGAGGCGGUAAUGGUAAUGGCGGCAACCAAGCUGUGUCUGGGAUGCCAACGUCUUCUUCAUCCUCGUCAUCGGCAGUGAAGAGUGGUCCCAAUAGCCCAAGGAAUUAA